CCGUCAGCAUCAGAAUUUUGUCCGACUCGUCAGAUUCAGAUCGAAGGCAUCAUAACAAAAUUUCUGAAAAUUUGGAAAAUAGCUUUAAGAAUAACAUUAGAAUACCCUUAGUAAAGUGAUAUUUACGCGAAGUUUUCCUUGAAUAAUGAACGAUCAUUCGAAACAUCAUACAGUAGAGGUAAAAACCGAAAAGCAAGAUGAUCGUUCGGCAGGUAGUGGAUCGCAAGAAGCAACCCGUCAGGACAGCAUCGAGAGAAUUUUGCAGCGAAAGCAAAGGGUCUACCAGCUGCCAAAGAACCAAAAGCUGACCAAGUUGUCCAUGUAUUCGGCCUGUCAGACUACGGAAUGUCGCUGUACAGGCUGGAAGACACCUGAGGAGAAUCGACACAAGGACGUAGAAGUGGACUAUUGUCCCAAUUUCAAGGAAGAAUGUCGGAAUCCAAACUGCAAGCAUCCUCUUGAUAUGCAUAUUGCCCAUCUGGGUGAGAUCAGCGAUGAUCAGAUAAACGAACUACUGGGUGCGAUCGUGGAUGUGGAAAAUCUUUAUAUGAGUAUGCUGCGGGAGACGGACACCGACACGAAAAAAGUUUACGCGUACCUUUUCCGGCUUUUGAGACAAUGCAUUCUCACCAGAUCGCAACCCGUUAUUCGAGGUCCUCUUGGAGAUCCUCCUUUCGAACAACCAUCCAUUUCCAAGGCGGUAACCAAUUUCGUGCUGUUCAAAUAUAGCCAUUUAAACCAAGGAGAGCUGGAAACUAUGACAGAGGUAGCAAAAACAUUUCUUCAUUGUUUGAAUCAUUGGAAUUUUGAAGCGCCGAGCGCGAGGAAAGAUUUGAGUCAUGAAGAUGCUUCCAACUAUAAGAUCAAUUAUACACGUUGGCUGGUAUUCUGUCACGUUCCGGCGUUCUGCAGCUCACUGCGUCAUUUCGAGACAUCAAUUGUGUUCGGUCGCACGCUACUAAAAGCAGUUUAUCAGUACGUCUACCAGCAAUUGCUAACCAAGUGUAAAACGGAACGGGAUAGAAUGCCUCCGGAGAAACGUCUCAUGCUGGCUCAGUUGCCCAAGUUUUUGGAGGCUUUGAAGCACGAGGUGAUUAACGAAGAGUCUCAGAUAUGGGAUCCAAACUUCAAACCAACCGCUUCAUUGAUGUUGCAAAAGAAACGGCAACACGAAGCGGCUGCAUCUUCAAGUGGUAAAAAGUCGAACGAGGCCAAGCGGUACAAGAAAGAUUCCGACUGUGAGGACCUUCCGGAUGAUGUGGUUAUCAAAGCGCUGAAACGCCUCAACGAUUCGAACUACACUAGCCGAACGGAGGUCGUAUUUCCGCCGAAUGCACCGCGGGAUGAAGCGGCCAAAGCUGAGGAGAAUCGUCGGGAGAUAGAGUUCCACGUGGUGGGAAAUUCCCUAACCAAACCGGUCACCAAGGAGUCAAUGCUGUGGCUUCUGGGCUUGCACAGUGUGUUUGCCCAUCAACUGCCGGGAAUGCCGCGGGAAUACAUUAGUCAGCUGGUGUUUGAUCCAAAACACAAAACACUUGCGCUGGUGAAAGACGGCCGACCAAUUGGUGGAAUCUGUUUCCGUACGUUCGCUACGCAAGGCUUCACCGAGAUUGUAUUCUGUGCCGUCACUAGCAGCGAACAAGUGAAAGGCUACGGUACUCAUUUGAUGAACCAUCUAAAAGACUACAGCACUCAGCGAGGCAUAAAGCAUUUCCUUACCUACGCAGAUGAAUUUGCAAUUGGCUAUUUCAAGAAGCAGGGAUUUUCCAAGGAUAUAAAAGUGGCGCGACAUGUCUACGCUGGGUACAUAAAGGAGUACGAGGGCGCUACCCUUAUGCAUUGCGAGCUUCAUCCAAGUUUGAUUUAUACACAGUUCAGCUCAGUAAUCCGAAAGCAAAAGGAAAUCGUUAAGGAAUUGAUUGCUCAGCGUCAACAAGAAGUCCAGAAGGUUCAUCCUGGUUUAACGUGCUUCAAAGAAGGGAAAUGUACGUUACAGCUCCGCAGCAUUCCCAUUGAAUCGAUUCCGGGAUUACGCGAGGUCGGAUGGAGACCACAGUUUCGUGCCCAGCGUACUUCUCGCCCACUGGAGGAGUCGGCCGAUCCAGACAAGUUGUCUAACGCCUUGACUGGUGUGCUUCAGUCAGUCCGACAACAUUCAGCUGCAUGGCCGUUUUUGAAACCGGUUAAUCCUGCCGAGGUUCCGGAUUACUACGACCACAUCAAGUAUCCAAUGGAUCUGAAAACGAUGGGUGAACGACUGAAGAACAAGUAUUAUAUAUCGCGUAGGUUAUUUAUGGCUGACAUGGCACGCAUAUUCACCAACUGUCGAUUGUAUAAUUCUCCUGAGACAGAAUACUUUCGUUGCGCUAACACGGUGGAGCGAUAUUUUCAGACCAAGAUGAAGGAAAUCGGUCUGUGGGACAAAUGAUGUCCGCCCAUAACGGUAGAACUGGUCAAGAAUUCCGACCCGGAUGAAGACGAAGACGAUGAUGAUAAUGAUAAUAAUGACGCUGGCGUCGGCGUGAUAAAUUCGACUGUAGCUGGUAAGAAACCCGGCUACGGCAUGAAAACCAAACCGACGUUGUCUAUGACGCAGGCUGCCGUUUCGGGGGUGGAACUAGGAAAGGAUCUAAAAAGGAUGGCAGGCUGUCUGCCGGAUUUGGGAAGUGUGUAAAUAUAUGGCUAGUCGUUUAACACUCAUGAAACAUGCAUUUAGCGUGUUAUUCUAGAUUAGGUAUUUCUCGGAAACGAAAUAUAAUGACAUGCUGUACUCGUUUUGAAACUUGAUCA